GAGCGGAUUGGGUUGAGACGUCAACCUUCACAGCAGCAACAGCAGCCACCGCAACGUGGCCGACAAUCGCCUACGAAGGAUAACAAGGAACUGGAGGAGACGCUCAAGAAGCGCAAGGAACGAUUUAGAGAGAAACCAGUAUCCCAACCUCCGCCAUCCUCUGCGUCUCCCUCGAACGAUGGCCCACUCCAUCGGUCAUCGUCUCCUCGUGGUCAGCGCCGAUCCGAACCGAAACCGAAAGCAGCACCGCCACCACCACCAGCACCAGCAUCCACUUCACCGCGAUCUUCAAACUCCACACGGGAUCGCACACCUUCACUAAGCCCGGAACCCCCGGAACGGCGCGAUCGGUACACCAGCGACUAUCAGCGUCAGCGAACAACGCAAUCCCGUCAUCGUAGUCCACCAUCACCCUCUUCGGAACCGGUCCGCGCUUCGGUGCGACCUUCGCGAUCAUCGCGCAAUGCGGGUACGGGCGGUGCCAACAACAGUUCACCAUCGCAUCUCAACGAGCUACUACUGCAGCGCACCAAGGAACUGAUGGACGAGAGUGUGUCCUCGUCACCGAUCUACAUGUCCAAGACGGACUACGAUCGAAUGGAACCGGCUUCACGCAAACGGAAGCGUGUCUCACCGAUUCAGUUCGAUCUGACGGAUGAAGACGAGCGGCAGGAAAGUGACGAUGAUUAUCGUGAGCGAAGGUCCAGCCGGGGCCGUACCGAUGAACGGCAGCAGCAACAGCAGCAGUCAGCUCGUGGUCGUAGCCGGCAGCGUGGUGACAGUGAGGACCGAGAGCGAGACCGAGAUCGAACGACCAGGGGAUCUUCGGCAUCGAGGCGCGAUCUCCGAGAACAACGGGGAGAAUCGCGUGGCCGCCUGCCAUCCCCGGGGCGGAAGAUUAAGAAGCUCGAAUCUAGUCGUAAAUUUGAUGAUAUUCCUCCAUUGUUGAGUGCCGUGUCGGUAUCCGGAGGAGUAGACGGUAAGACUGGUAAAGGUGGCAAUAGUGUUAACAGCAGUAGCGGAUCGAAGGAACGUUGCAAAUACUUCCCGAGCUGUCGCCAGGGCGAUGCGUGCGAAUUCCUUCAUCCAAGCACCCCGUGCAAGGCAUUUCCGGGCUGCAAGUUCGGCGACAAGUGCCUCUAUCUGCAUCCCAUGUGCAAGUACGACCAAACCUGCCACCGGCUCGAUUGUAACUUUAUGCACACGAAGGGUGCGAACGCAUCUGGGUCCGGAGUAUCGGCACCACCGUUAGCAUCGUCGGUGGUUCCGGUGCAAAACUACAAAACGAUCAGCGCGAAACCGUUGCCGCCGCUGUGCAAGUACUAUCCACACUGCAGCAACACCCAGUGUCCGUUCUAUCAUCCGAAGAUGUGCCGCUUCGGUCGGCACUGCGUCAACAAGGUCGAGUGUAACUUUUACCACUACGAUCUGCCACCGCAGGAGCUGCACGAGUCCUCGUCGAAGGACAAAUUCCGGUGGAUUUCGCCCUUCUCCGCCUAAAUCCGCACUGGUGGCCACUCAUGGUCAUGGUAGUGUCUCUAUAAGGUUAAGGUGUUUACGUGUUUACUCAUUUCAACACGAUAGCCACAAACUAUCUCCAAAGGAGGCGAUAGCUCGGUCCGGGUCCCUGUCCCGAUCCCAGAGUCGGUCUCUGAUCCACUAUUUAUUCAUUUUAUCUAUCUGUGCGACCUCUGGCACACAGAGCGUACGGAGUGGGGUUAUUGUGGCCCGCUUAGCUUGCAUACGUUAGCGCGUUUAGUUCGCACGGUUUUACGUUAUGACACAGAAUAUCCCAUACGAAAGUUAUUGGAAGAGACUGAAAGAGCUCCGGAGGCGCGCGGAAUGGACCGCUUUCGAAGCUCUUUCACAGCACCAUUCAUUGGGAAUGUUCAGU